AGUGCGUGCCGGCCUGGGGUGGCAGGGGGCGCAGAGGCUUGGGCUGCAGGAUCCUGUUUGCUGUGUAAUCCUGAGAAUGGACUGCAAGAGAGGAAAAACUGGGCGUCUGCUUGGGAAUCUAUUGUGGAAACCCAGGGUGUUUCCAGACCAGUCCCUGGGCACCAACUAGAGUAUGGACUGACCAGGUACCUGGAUGGAGACCUGAGCUGGAGAAGGAGAUGCGCUUGAGAGGAAAUUGCAGAGGCCGUCAACAUGGAAAAGCAGCCCCAGAACAGCAGGAGAGGCCUUGUCCCCCGAGAGGUGCCGCCAGCUGUUGGGCUGCUGCUGAUCAUGGCCCUGAUGAAUACUCUGCUCUACCUCUGCCUCGACCGCUUUUUCAUCGCUCCUCGACAAUCCAUUGUGGACCCCAGACACUGUCCCUAUGGUCACUUCAGGAUAGGACAGAUGAAAAACUGCUCACCUUGGCUGUCCUGCGAGGAGCUGAGAACAGAAGUGAGACAGCUGAAGCUUGUUGGGGAAGGAGCUGUGAAGAGAGUCUUUCUGUCUGAGUGGAAGGAGCACAAAGUUGCUCUCUCACGGCUCACCAGCCUGGAGAUGAAAGAUGAUUUCCUCCAUGGACUGCAGAUGCUGAAAUCUCUACAAGGCACACAUGUUGUCACGCUGCUUGGCUAUUGUGAGGUUGACAACACUAUUCUUACUGAAUAUCACCCUCUGGGUUCCUUGAGUAACCUGGAAGAAACACUAAACCUUUCAAAGUACCAAAAUGUGAACACGUGGCAGCACAGGCUGGAGCUGGCCAUGGACUAUGUCAGCAUCAUUAACUACCUGCACCACAGCCCUGUGGGCACGCGGGUCAUGUGUGACUCCAAUGACCUGCUGAAGACACUGUCCCAGUAUCUGCUAACAAACAACUUCAGCAUUUUGGCAAAUGACUUGGACGCCUUACCCCUGGUAAACCACAGCUCCGGGACGCUGGUGAAGUGCGGCCACAGGGAGCUGCAUGGGGAUUUCGUGGCUCCAGAGCAACUGUGGCCCUAUGGAGAGGACAUGCCAUUCUGCGAUGAUCUCAUGCCCUCAUAUGACGAGAAGAUUGACAUUUGGAAGAUCCCAGACAUCUCCAGUUUCCUUCUGGGGCACAUUGAAGGGAGUGAUAUGGUCCGAUUCCAUUUGUUUGAUAUUCACAAAGCAUGCAAGAGCCAGACUCCCUCAGAAAGACCCACUGCCCAGGAUGUUCUGGAGACCUACCGGAAGGUCUUGGAUACACUUAGAGAUGCCGUGAUGUCUCAGGCAAGAGAGAUGCUGUGAAAACCAGUCCAGCCAAUGAAGGUGGGAUUGAAGGGCUGAAUGGAAGUUACAGCAUUCUACUCUGA